AUGAAUCCAAAUAUUCAAAAUGAAAGUGUAAUUGUUUUCAUAGAAGGGAAAAUGUAUCAAAGAAAUUAAAUAUUCUCUUGUUAGGGUAUUCAAUCAAUUAAUUAUAUUGGAACUUUAAAUGGGAAUCCAAAUGAACAAAUAAUCAUAAAAUAAUAUAAUUCAAUUACGAACGAUGAAACAGAAGUGCUUAGAUAAAUCAAAAGAGAGUAAAAUGAAAUACAACCUAGAUGCCAACAUAUAAUUAAAAUACUUGGAAUACAGGAUUAGGCAUAAUCAAAAUUAUUGGUUAUGGAAAAAGGCAAUGGCAAUAUCUUAGAAUUAAUUGAAUCUAAUAAAAUUCAUAGUAUAGUUUAGAAAAUAAAGAUAUUUGAAUAAGUAAAAUUUAUCAUAUUUUAAGAUGGUAAAAGGUGUGAUAGAAUUACAUAAUUUAGGCUAUUUUCAUAGAGAUCUGAAACCUGAAAACUUUGUCUAUUUCGAAAAUGAAAAUAAAGAUUAUAAAAUCAAAUUAAUAGAUUUUGGUUUAGUAAUAAAAGACUUUACAAUUCCUGAUACAUGGGUAGUUGGGACUUUAAAUUACAUGGCACCUGAAAUAAUGGUUACAGGUAUGGAAUAUGAUAAGACAGCUGAUAUUUGGAGUCUUGGAAUUAUAUUAUAUGAACUACUUACAUCAAAAAUCUUUUUAUAAGGUUUUUUAAUUUAACUAAUUUUUAGCUAAAAAUUAAAAAGAAUUAUAAUAAUAGAUCUAAAAUUUAUCUUAAGAAUAAAUAUAUAAUAAACUAAACUAAGUUGAUGAUAUAGAAAAAGAAGAUAAGUAACUUCUCAACAUGAUCUUAUAAAAAGAUAGCAAAAACAGAAUUAAACUGGAAACAUUAUUAUCGAAAAUAAAUGAGUAUUACAAUUCAAUUAAGCAAUAAGAAGAAAAAAAGUUAUUAGAAAUAGAAGAAAUAAGAUAAUCUGUGAUUUAUUAAUUAGAAACCUUCAAAAGUACUAUAAUGAUAUUCAUUUAAAAUCUAAAUUACAAGUUAGAAAAAAUGAAUGAUUUAAAUACAGAAUAUUAAGUAAAGUAAUAAUUGUAAUCUUAUAUUGAUGAUUAAUUGAAGAAAUGUAAUGAAAAAAUCAUUAAAAUUGAAUAAAGAUUAUAAUAAAUAUAAUCCUCAUAGCCAAAAGAGAUACUUAAAGAACAUUAUAGUGAGAUAAUUCAAGAAAGUCAAUAAUAGAUAUAAGAUAGUAAUCUCAUAAUGGAAAACAUUAUAAAAUAAUCAUUUUUACUUGAAUAUUAAAUAUUGAAGGAAAAAGAGGAAUAAUUGAAAAUACAACAGGAAUAGUUAUUGAAAAAGGAACAAGAGGAGGGAUUAAAAAAAGAGUAAGCAUAAUUUAAAUCUUUAUUUUAAAUUGUUAGAUAAUUGUCUAGUUCAUAAAUUACUUAGAUUAAAAAAAUUUCAUAAGAAAUUAAUUUUUAUCAAAGAAUUUAACAAUCAAAUUAUGGAGAAGAGAAGAUUUUACAUAUGACAACUUAACAUUAAACAUUAACAUAAAAUAUCUAAGGGUUAAAAUAAUAGGACAAGAUAAUUUCGUAAUUUGACUCGAUAAUAGAAAAAAUUACUAUUUAUUAAUAAUUUAAUAUAUUGCUUGAGGAAAUUUAUUAGGAUUAAAAUAGACUCAAAAUUUCAAUUGAAGAAGCCAAUAAAUUUAUUGAAGAAACAGAUAGACAAUAUUUGGAUGAACAUUAUUAAUAAAUAUAUGAAUUAAGCGAUUAAUUAAAAGAUUUAUUUGAUAAAUUCAAAUAUUAAUCUCAACAUUAAAAAUAUAAGGAUAAAAUAAAUGAAAUAAUUUAUGAUAUAACAAAGGAUUUUGGUUAGUUAGAAUUUCUUGCAUAAUUAGUAGAUUAAAAAACAUUGGCAGGAUAUUAAGAAUACAAAACAAAAUAUAUUUAGAUUUAGUAAUUUUUAAGUAAUUACUAAAAAUAGCAAUAAUAAUUACAUCAAUAAAUUUACAAUGAUUAAUACUUUGAAUAAAUAAAUGAAGAAAGAUUAAAAAAGUUAAUAAUAACAUAAGACAAAUUCGAUUAAUUUAAAAAUUAAAUGAAUCAAUUAAAAGAUUAGUUAAAAAAUUUGAUCAAUAAUUAAAAUAACAAUAAUGAAUAAACUAAGAAUUUAAUAAAUAAUGAAUUAAUAAGGUUUGAUUAAAAGAUAUUUGAGUUGUAAAGGUAAUUUGAUAAUUUCAAUGAAUUGAAUAUAUAAAAUUAAAAUCCUUGUGAAAUAAUUAGUAUUUAAAUAAAAUUAUUGGAAGAAUUUUAGAAAAAAUUAAAGGAAGUAAUAGAUAAUGAAAUAGAAAAAAUAGAUUAAUUUAAGUUGAUUAUUGAAAAAAAAGCAGCAGAACAGAAAAGUGAGUAAGAAAAAGAAAUUUUAUAUUUAAAUCAUUAAUUAUAAAACAGAUAUAGAAUAUUCUAAAAAGUUUUAUUAUCAAUUAAUUUUCAAUUUGAAAAUUUGGAAUUUUAUUAAAACUUGAGUGCAAAGUAUAAUUAACUUCUAGAAUAAUUGCAAUAAGAAAUAAAGAUCUUGUAAGAAUAUUUAAGCGUGUAACAUGAAAAUUAGAGGUUAUUUGAAGUAAAUUUAAAAGAUAACUAAACACAAGGAGGGUAAAAUAAAUAAAUAAUAGAAAAUUUACUCAAGAGAUUAUAAUAAAUAAAUCUAUAAAAAGGUAUAAGGCUAGAGAAUAUAUUUCACAGUGUUUCUAAAAAAACAACAGAUCUAGAUUUUAACUUGGUGGAUGAAAAUUUAAUUAAGAAUUAUCAAUAGUUAAAAAAGCGGGAAGAAGAUUUAUCAAUUAUAUUCAAUACGAUAAAUCAAAAGAUAUCUAAUAAAUAAUUAAACCCUGAAUAAUUAUAAGAAUUAAAAAAAACAAUUCUUGAGUUAUGUUCUGAAUUAGAGUAAUUUAUGAUAUAAAUUCCUUUGAAUGAUGAAAUAUAAAAGUUCAAAAAAGUUUAUUAGUAAAAUGUGGAAUCAUAUGAAAUAUUGUAUGCUUUAUUUAAUUAUAUAAAAUAAUAUCACCUAACAAGAUAUUAUGAAAGAAUUAAAGAAAAUGCAAAUUAAUAAAAAAAAAUUUAAUAGAAUUAAAAUUAAAACGAUUAUAAGACCCUUUUCUAAUCUAAAUUACAUGUAGAUUUGGAAGAAAACACAAAAAAAGAAAAGGAAUCUUAAGAUACAUUAUAAAGAUAUGAAAAUAUUUUAUUUAAAAGUUACAAUAAGAUGACAAUAGAAGCAAUGGAAAAAGAUAAAGAAUAAAUAGAGAAACAGAUUGAAUUUAUAGAGAAUCAAAUUAAAUAAAAAGACUUAGUAAAAUUAAGAGCUAGUAUUAAAGAUUAAUCAGAUAUAAAAGAGAUUAUUCAUAACAGACAAUAUUAUAAAAUAACUGAGUUUUCAUAAAUGCUAAUCAUAAAUAUAAUAAGAAAAGAAAUUAAAUAAAAAAAUCAAUACUGA